ACUCUCCUUCUGAGCGUGAACACGAGUCGACUCCAGAUUCUCCUGAGCAUCUGUGUGGGCACAAACAGGUAAAGAUUGACCAUAAAUACCAUCAGGAUUAGAGAUGAGCAGGAUGAUACUGGUGUGUAAUAUAAUAACUCAGCUGAUUACUGGUGCCAGUGUUAUAGCUUAUUUAUGUGGAUGACUCCUGGAAUAUUAAAAUCUCUCUUAUGUAUGCACAGAUACUGGUGUUACACUGAUGCAUUGGUGCAUCUCUAUCUGGCUGACAUUUACGGCCAUAACGUCUUUAAUGUCCUUCUGGUCUGGCUGUGUGAUGGUGGAGAGUAUAAAUGUUUUAUUUUUUCCACACAAAUCCUGAUGUGAGAUUUUGAUUGUGAUUGUCUCCCAUGAUUAAAGAGCAAACAUCUGAGACAAGUUUAGCUUUCAUUCUAACAUCCAGGAUUUGGUCUAAAGCUGUACAUUUGUCUUUGCAUGUGCAUCAUGGAGGUUCUGUAGUUUUCCACAUGAAUUGGGGGGUCAAGAAGUUUUUAACCUGAUUAGGAAACAGACAGAAGUUAAUCAGUUGAAUUUCUGGUUAUGAUUGUUUGUCAUCUCUUUCAUAGGUUCAACAUCAGACGAAAAUUUUACAGCUCUUGGAACAAAAAUGGACGGACGAUGGAUGACAGUGAUGCUGGUGAUCAUCGUGUCUAAUGGAUGUUCAGCUGUUGUUGACCAGAACCAGCUCGCACAGCUGAUGAAAGGAAUCACACACCAUUACAGUAUUCGUGGUAUGUACAGUCUGGCUCUCAGCAUCAAGAGUGAAGACCCAGUAAACCUGCAAAACAUCUUCCAAUGUAACCCCAAGGAGGAGGUUCAACGCGUGAUUUCAGAUGAGCAGGUGUACAGAGGAUAUCGUCUCAGUGUGGCUCAAGUCAAAAAGCCUGAACACGCCGAGUAUCGACUUCUGAACGGCCUACAGCUCGACAGCCAAGAUGGUGACUUGUUGGUCCUCUUUUCUUAUGCCUCCCCUUGUCCCUCUACCUGUACCAACAGCAGGAACCGUUACAAUAUUUUUAAUCUGAUCGGAAACCUCAUCAACAGUGGCAGAUGGAGCAAGCAUGUCUUUGUGUUUGAGAAGAUAUUCAAGCCUCAAAACAGCCAGGGUAUUAAUAAAAGUAAACUGAUACAGGCCAUCGUAAAGCUCGGAAACUCUGGCAUCGGUCUGGAGAACAUAUAUCGCUGUUACAAACCACAAACACCCAACAGUAAUUUUCAGUGCACCAGCUGCUCAGUGGGAGGGGUGGUGGCAAAUGAGUGUGUCAAUUAUAACGCAAAAUAAAGAGUCAGACCAUCGCUUUACUGUUAAUGAUAAAAGCAGCCGCUCCAUAAGGGUGAUGCAGAUAAAGGAAUGGUUACCAAAAGCUUGCUUGUCUUUAUAGUUAGCAUUGUUACGGUGGCCUGGAAGUGACAACACAGAAUGACAAAGUCUGAAACACUUAGCUUUAAACAAAUCACAUUAACCAAAACUUUUUACAUUUCAUAAAACAUAUUUACAUUAGAAAAACAUUUUUACAAAACUGAAACACUUUCACAAAACUUGAAACAAUUUUACAAUGUCUAUAGAAAAUAACAACGUCCAAAUUUUACUUCUGAUGAAAAAUGACAAAGUCUGAAACACUUUUAAAAAAACCCACUUUGUGUUAGAAAUUGUAAAAAUGCUCUACAACUUGAAAAUUCAUGUGAAGUGUUUUUUAAAUUUGUCUAAUAUAAUAUUUUUUAAAAAGAACUAAGAAACAAACUGGUUAAUUUUAAUUUUGUUUCAACCUUUGUUAAAAUGUUUCAGAUUUUGUUAUUUUCUACAGCACUUUGAGGCCACCAUACAAACCAACAUGAACUGGACUAUUUUGUUAUCUGAUUAAAAAUGCUUAAAUCCAAACAGCUUUAUCAACAUUUUAACAUUUGCUUUCUUUUAAUUUGAUGAUUAUGAGUAAUGAAAUAUUUCUGAACCUCUCUGUAAUGUCCUCUUUGAAUAAAGCUUUGCCAAGCAUCA